GAUCCGUACAACGGUCCAGCCCCGAGCCAUGGCUCCUCGUCGGCCCGCUUCGGCUCUCGCAGCACCGCACACACCCUCGCUUCGUCCACCAUGAACCCUUCGUCGUCCUCGUCGUCUUCUGUCACACCAUCAUCCGUGAGACCCGUGCCUCGCUACCAUCACCUGGACGGAAAUGGGCACGAAGGCAUUCUGCUCCGUCCAGAGAACAUCAUCGGCGAAGAGAGCCUCGAAGAUGUGAUCCAGCAGAGCCUCGCCCACCUGGCUCCGCCCGUCGAUGAUGCUGACGAGCCACAAACGCAGAGUCAAGAGGGGCAACAACAUGCUGGCCAAGUGACAGUGGAGCCAUCGAUCGCCGUGCAUGACGAUACACUUGACCAGGAUCUCUUCGGCGAGAUCUCACGAUCGUCUCUGCCAAAGGUCGAGAAGCUGCCAGCGAGCCAGGCCUCGCGCUCGCCCACCCCUGGCUUCACUUACGAGCAGGACGACUCGAGCAGCAUCGUACUGAUCAGCCGCCCAUCCUCGUCGCAGGCGACGACGGCCGACUUGCUCGAGCCAGCCGCCCAGAUCCAAGGUCCAUCGCUGUUUCGAAGAACCAUUCGCACAAGCACAAUUCAUUUCAAUCGCAGCGAUAUUUCGACGCUGCCCUAUCCGAGGUUGCUUGACACAUUCGGCGUCGCGAUGCUGCUUCGCACGCAGCCGGCCGCUCGGGAAGAGUGGUCCGACGAGAACAAUCAAAGUGGCGUGAAGGACCCCUGGAAAGACGCCAGAAUGAGGCUCAGUGUUCUCUGUGUCAGCAUCUGGCUUAGCUUUAUUCUGGCGCUUCCUCUGCUCUGCUCGGCCAUCGUCAAGGGCAAUGACGCUGAACCGUCGCUAGGCGCGUUUGUAUGCAUGAUACUGAGCAUCUCUCUGACUGGUGAGUUGUGCCUCCACGCUGACUGCGGCAUCUCUGACCGUUCCACUCGACAGGCCCUCUCUUGGCUCUACAAGUCAUCCUUUCCAAAGGAUUCACCUUCGUGGUACCCGAGUGGUUGAGCAAUCUCGGCUCCAUUAUAAGUUUCAGCAAGGAGGAUCAGCCCGUGCACGGUACUGCUCAUUGCAGGAUGGAACCCACGGAUGCGAGGGAGGACGAGAGCGAGACA